CUGCUGAAGUAUGGUGAUGUCUUGUCUGUUUCUUCUGUGAGAAGAGGGAUAUUUUAGAGGAAUGGCAGAAGGAGCUGUAUCAAUGCCUGAGGGAGAAGAAUAUACAAGGUUGGCUUCACUGGGUAAAUGUAGUGGGAUCCUGAGCAGAACUGAGAAGCAUCACAAAGAAGGUUGUGAGAACCUGAAGCUGCUGGGAAUGUUAUUGGGCAAAUCAAAAGAGAGAAUUUCCCAGAGACCUGACCAGGAAGCUACCUGCAAAGGGCAGCACAAGUCACAAAAGCAGAAGGGAAACACAGCCAGGGAUGAGGAAGGUACCACAAGGAGACGUGAAAGAACUUUCAGGGAACUGCGCAAGCCCCCUGUGCCAGAGAGGUCAGAGACAAGUGAGGAGCCGUGCACAUAUCCUGUGUGUGAGGAAAGCUUUGAGGGGCAGAGAGACCUGAAUAGCCAUAAGAGCAGCAUUCACAUGGGAAAGAAAAUGUAUGAAUGUAGGGCCUGUGGGAAAAGCUUCAGGCAAAAGCAGGAGCUCUCGGCACAUGCGAGAGUCCAUGGAGUCGAGAAACCCUUCCCCUGUGCUGAGUGUGAGAGAAGCUUCAGUCGGCUUUCCCAUCUCACUGUGCACCAGAGAACCCACACGGGGGAAAGGCCCUUCUCCUGCCCUGAGUGUGGGAAACACUUCAGCCACCUCUCGAACCUCACUAGACACCAGAGAACCCACACAGGGGAGAGGCCCUACAGCUGCCCUGAGUGUGAGAGGCGCUUCAGUAACCUGAGCAGUCUCACCACCCACCUGAGGACCCACACAGGGGAGAGGCCCUUCACCUGCCCCCAGUGCGAGAAGAGCUUUGGUGACCAGUCUAAUCUUACCACCCACUUGAGGACCCACACUGGGGAGAGGCCGUAUGUGUGCCCUGACUGCCAGAAGAGCUUCAGCGACCAAUCGACUUUCGCCAAGCACCAGAGAACCCACACAGGGGAGAGACCCUACCCCUGCCCCCACUGCGAGAAGAGCUUCAUCCAUAGAUCCCACCUCACUACGCACCAGCGGACCCACACAGGGGAGAGACCUUACAAAUGUCCUGGCUGUGAGAAGCGCUUCAGCCAGCUCUCCAACGUCACCACCCACCUGAGGACCCAUUCGGGGGAGAGGCCCUACGUCUGCGCCGACUGUGGGAAGAGCUUCGGCGACCAGUCGAGUCUGAGGAAGCACCACCGGACCCACACGGGCGAGAGACCCUAUCCCUGUCCCCACUGCGGGAAACGCUUCAGCCAGCUCUCCAAUCUCAACACCCACUGCAGAACCCACACCGGCGAGAGGCCGUACAUCUGUCCGCACUGUGGCAAGAGCUUCAGCGAGCAGUCAAACCUGGCCAAGCACCUGAGAACCCACCCGGGGGAGAGGCCCUCCCCUUGGCCCCACAGCGAGAAGAGCCUCAUGCACAUCUCACACCUCUCUGCGCACCAGAGAAACCACACGGGGGAGGGGGCCUACAAAUGUACCGACUGUGACAAGAUCUUCAGCGAGCAGUCGGACCUAGUGGAGCACCUGAAAGCCCACCCGAGGGAGAGACCCCACAGCGACAAGAGCUUCAUCCAAAAAUCAUCUCUGGUGAAACUUCAGAGGCUUCCUCAGAGAUUGAAACCAUAGGAGGCUGGAAUGCUCCUCUCCAUCAGCUUCCCUCUCUCUGUGUGUGUAUAGUGAUGUGCACUGGAGGAGAGGGAGUUAUAGAGAAUCUGAGAAAUACACUCAGCCCAUCCACUCCCAAAGCCAUCACCACCUCCCCAGUCCGGUGGAGGAGCUCCUGAAUAAUGGGAAGGGGCUUCACCAGUGGCCAUUCCCUUACCAGGCUGUCCUGGAAGAGCGUCAGGAGGCUGCACAUGCUGUCCCCAUCCCACCCACAAACCCAUUCUGUUUCCCUACUCCAACUUCCUUGCAGUUGUUCUGUGUGGUAGGGGUUGGCCUCCUGAGGGUCUCUCCAUACUGUGUUGAGAGGUUUUGCUGAGGUGCGUUUGGCGUUCCCCCGGGGUUGGGAGGGGCAUAAGUGAAAAUAUCAGUUGAGGUUUUUAUUUCAAAUCUGAUUCUGCUCUGAAAAGUGACUCUGUAAAAAAUGGUAUUGUGAGGUUCCAUGUUCAUUGUCUUUCAGUGAUUUGAGAUCAAAUUUGCUCCAUUUACAGGUUAAAAGAUGGUUAUUCUAACUGUUAGCCCUGCAGAGUCAGUGUGGUAUAUGUGAGUGAAUCUGGGUUCUUUCUGGUUUGUACAUCAUCAUUGUCAUUGGUAAUAAAAAUUCUGUGAUCCAAAUUCUGCACUCAGUUAUGCUUGUGCAAUCUGAUCAUUUUGUUCAAAGGAGUAUCUGAGGACAGAAUUUAGCUUUGCAACUGGGACUUCAUUUACAAUUUUGAUGAUGCACAAACCAGAAUAGAAUCCAGCUAACUCUCCCACCGAUUCAGUUCGCUGCCCUGGAGUGCUAAGACAAGUAAAGAGCAGUAAAAACUUAUUUGAGUUAUUCAAGUCAGCAGCUAUGUCUCUGAAUAUAUGCAGGGAGCAGAUAUGUGGGGCAAGAAGGUGCCAUUUUUACAUAGAGACUUUUCAAAGUAGAAGCGCGCUGUGGGCGCAAUCCAACAUCACACUGAAGUCAAUAGGCGUUGGACUGGGCCCUAAAAGGUUUAAUAUAGAUCUUGAAAAGGCAGAUCCAGUUGGUCACAGAUGUUCCAGUGACAGCAAACCCUGCUGACUAGAUUUUUUGUUUUUGUUUUUAAGUAAUAUUUCUUGAUCCUUCCAGAAGUCUGAAUUUGUGGAAGCGCUUUAACCUUGCUGGGGUGUAUAAUCAUUUUCUGUUUUGGAAAAGGGGGCAAACACCGCAAACAUCGUGUCAUGGUUCGUGCCUGCCCCCAUUUUAUUGCUCUCAUCAGUAGAAAUUAGGUAUGAAGAAAUACCAGUUGCGAUAUCAGUUUUGUGAAGGUGGUAUCCUUUACGUCUUUUGCUACAUGAAUUCUGAGAACAGCGAAGAAGUCAAGGUCUUGGUAGUACAAGAGAGGCCAGCUAAGGCCAGGUCUGCACUACAGACCUAUAUCAGUAUAACUAUGUCGCUCUGGGGCUUGAAAAAUCCACACCCACGAGCAACUUGGUUAUACCUACCUAAUCCCCUGUGUAGACAGUGCCAUGUCAAUGGGAGGGCUUCUCCAACUGACAUAGUUACAGCCUCUCGGGGAGGUGGAUUAACUACUCCAAUGGGAGAAGUUCUCUCAUCAGCAUAGGAGCGUCUUCACUAAAGCACUGUAGCGGCAGAGCUGCACUGCCGUAGCGCUGUACAUGAAGACAAGCGCUAAGUGUGUGCAUCAAAUUCAUUCCUAUCAUAUUCAGCUACUACUACAGUGGGGAUUUCUCCAGUGGGAAUUGUGCCUGGCUAAAUUCAGCCAGCUAUCUGGUGUUUUAUAUGAUGAGAUUAGUGCUUAUUUUUACGGCUAUUUAUUCCCAGGCAGGGCCGGCUCCAGGGUUUUGGCCGCCCCA